AUGGGAGAGGCAGACGCUACUAAGGUUCCGGUGGUCGUGGAAGCCCACAACAUCGAGACCAUUUCCGUGCCCAAGGAGUACUACGAACACUCGACCAAAACGUACCUGAAGGACUUUGAGGAAUACAAGACUCUCUAUGAAGAGUCUAUCAAGAGCCCGGAUACCUUCUGGGCACGGCUGGCGCGAGAGCUAGUGGCUUUUGAAAGGGACUUUACCACAACGCAUAUUGGCUCCUUAAAGGGAGGUGAUAAUGCCUGGUUUGUUGGCGGAAAACUGAAUGCCUCAUACAACUGCGUCGACCGUCAUGCGCUCAAGAACCCGGACAAGGUUGCUAUCAUCUACGAAGCUGAUGAGCCAGGUGAAGGCCGUAGCAUCACCUAUGGCGAGCUGCUCAGACAAGUUUCGAGUCUUGCAUGGACUUUGAAGCAGCAUGGAGUGAAGAAGGGAGAUACGGUAGCUAUCUAUUUGCCCAUGAUUCCGGAAGCACUGGUUGCUUUCCUUGCCUGUUCCCGCAUUGGUGCUGUACACUCCGUUGUUUUUGCUGGCUUCUCGUCCGAUUCGCUCCGUGACCGUAUCAAUGAUGCCAACUCCAAAUUUGUCAUUACGUCUGACGAGGGCAAGCGAGGAGGAAAAGUCAUUGGGACCAAGAAGAUCGUUGAUGAAGCUUUGAAGCAGUGCCCGGGAGUAACCAGCUGCCUCGUUUUCAAGAGGACGGGAACAGAAGUUCCAUGGACACAGGGACGCGAUUUCUGGUGGCACGAGGAGGUCGAGAAGUACCCCAGCUAUAUUGCCCCGGAGUCCAUGGAUUCGGAAGACCCUCUUUUCCUCCUAUACACUUCAGGCUCGACGGGAAAGCCCAAAGGUUUGAUGCACACCACUGCUGGGUACCUCGUUGGCGCUGCUGCAACUGGAAAAUACGUCUUUGACAUCCACGAGGAAGACCGAUUCUUCUGCGGUGGAGACGUUGGUUGGAUUACCGGUCACACAUAUGUUGUCUAUGCCCCACUGCUUCUAGGUGCUACCACCGUGGUUUUUGAGAGUACUCCAGCCUAUCCAAACUUCUCAAGAUACUGGGAUGUUAUUGAGAAGAACAAGGUCACGCAGUUCUACGUUGCCCCAACCGCCCUGAGACUUCUCAAGCGUGCUGGUGACCAACACAUUCACCAUGAGAUGAAGGAUCUUCGAGUAUUGGGAAGUGUUGGUGAACCGAUCGCAGCUGAGAUCUGGAAAUGGUAUUAUGAAGUUGUGGGAAAGAAGAAGUCCCAAGUUAUUGACACAUACUGGCAAACUGAGACUGGCUCCCAUGUCAUUACACCCCUAGGUGGAAUCACGCCUACCAAGCCAGGAAGCGCUUCUUUGCCAUUCUUCGGCAUUGAGCCAGCCAUCGUUGACCCAGUUACUGGUGAAGAGUUGAAGGGUAACGAUGUAGAGGGUGUGCUAGCCUUUAAGCAACCGUGGCCCAGCAUGGCCCGCACAGUAUGGGGUGCUCACAAACGAUACAUGGACACGUACUUCAACGUCUACCCAGGAUUUUACUUCACUGGAGACGGUGCCGGCCGAGACCACGAUGGAUACUACUGGAUCAGAGGCAGAGUAGACGACGUCGUGAACGUUUCCGGUCAUCGUCUCUCAACCGCCGAAAUAGAAGCUGCUCUUAUCACACACUCUGCGGUUGCUGAGGCUGCCGUCGUUGGUGUACACGACGAACUCACCGGUCAGGCCGUCAACGCCUUUGUCGCUCUCAAAACAGGCAAUGAAAUUGGCGAGGAGAUCCGCAAGGAGCUGGUAUUGCAGGUUCGAAAGUCUAUUGGACCAUUUGCAGCUCCUAAGGCCGUCUUUGUCGUUGAAGACCUGCCCAAGACUCGCAGCGGAAAGAUCAUGCGCCGUAUCCUCAGGAAGAUCCUGAGCGGUGAGGCCGACAGCUUGGGUGAUAUUUCGACGCUUUCGGAUCCAACUGUAGUCCCCAAAAUCAUCGAGAUGUUCGAGGCGACAAAGAAGAAUUAA